UUUCAGAUCGCUUGAUCUUGAGAAUGACGUCCAAUUGAGUUUGUUUGUUUGUUUGAUUUCGAACUACUAACUUGUUGUGAAUUAUGGGGAUCUCGCAGGCGAAGUUUAGUAAGCGAAAGAAGACCGGUGGUCGAUUCAACAAAUGGCGCAAGAAGAGGAAGUUUGAGUUGGGAAGACCCGCUGCUAUGACUAAACUUAUGCCGGAGCGAAUCCGACCAAUGCGAGUGCGAGGCGGCAACAUAAAGAUGCGGGCGCUGCGAAUCGACACGGGGAAUUUUUCGUGGCCAUCCGAGCACUGCACACGGAAGGCAAAGAUCUUGGACGUGCUUUACAACGCGACUAACAAUGAGAUGGUGCGAACGAAGACUAUUGUCAAAAACUGUAUCGUGAAGAUAGACGCAAGUGCGUUUAAGUCGUGGUAUCAAGAGAAGUACGCAGUUGGCAGUGCGCAAGGAAAAGAGUUCGCUGAGUUGGCUGAACUAUCUGAAAACGUUUACGUAAAACCACCGAAGACUGCAGAAGAGAAAGCGGCUGCGGUCAAGAAAAAGAAGGAUGCCAAAGCCAGAAAAGCGGACUUGAAGAAAGUUGACUCGAAAAAGGGAGGUAAAGUCUCGAAAGCGAAAGAAGAAGUGGUGAAGAAGAAACCUAAGAAAGUAGUGAAUGUGAUUCUCAUUCCGAAAAUUGACGCGGUGCUAAAAGACGCAAUGAAGCAAGGAUACGCCUAUGCAUGUGUCAGUUCCCGCCCGGGACAGUGCGGAAGAGCAGAUGGCUACAUCUUGGAAGGCAAGGAACUGGACUUCUAUCGAAAGAAAAUGGAUAAAAAGAAGCAGAAGUAAUUCAAAUGUUCCUCCAACUA